AUGGGGGCACUCGAGGACGGCGCAGAUUGGCGAGCCAUCAUUGAAGACUUCACCCUCCGUGGCCGUCAUCACGAACCGUAUGCGAAUACUACAGAAGACAGCAUCCGGCACAUGCGAAACAGAUGGUCGUCCUUCUGCUCUGCGGCGCGACUGGGCGACCCUCAUGAGGCCCUCCGUGCUGCUGGUCCUCCUCAGCUCAAAGCGUUUUUCCAAUGGGUCAUUGUCAACGCAGAACGGUCAGCACAGCAGGGCCCGACCCUCAAGCAGUACUUCCGUGUGUUGAAGAUGGUAUACAAACAAGUCACCGGUGCCCUCCUAGAUGAUGUGGUGGUGUCAGAUGUGAACGCCGUGAGAUUUCUCCUAUUCGAAACGCUGCGCUGUGCUUGGACAAACUUCUCCGAUCUCAGUUCAUCCAGUACCACGCAGAAGGUAAAGCGAAGACAUCUCACCGCCCGAAACCUGUUCCUUCCGGUGCAGACUUCGUCAACAUGCUGCACUUCCUCUACUCCUCCGACUGGACGCUGUACCCCGAUGAACGACAGCGUGUGCAGCAGGGCUUCCUUAUGA